AUGACAGUCACUGAUGCAAAUGGAGAAUUGGUGGUUGUUCGAUCCCCUUUACGCGCGGAGCAUGCCUCUUCCACGCCAUCGACGACUUCGUUUGCGAUCCCUGGCGAGCCACGACGUUCCUCUGCUUCGAUACCACAAGCACCCAGCCCUCUCUCCCAGUCCGUCUCUUCGCUUGGUCCCGUGGCGAAGGACGAUGUGCCCCCAGAGGAGCCUCUCCCCGAGACUCCCCCCCAUACCGAUACUCCAGAGACCCCGGCCGAGGCCGCCCCCGCCCCCCCUGCUCAGGCUAUUCUUCCCAAGGCCAAUGCGUCGUCAAAUCUGACGCGCAUGCCACAUUUACCUCCCAAACCGCGCGCAGAAGAAGCAAAACACCUGGCCGAUUUCUCGGCGAUGAUGCAGGCUGCUAAGCAGGCGGAAAAGCAGCGCGUUCUGUCGAGCAGCUCAGAACGACGCAAGCGCAUGGACGAAGAAGCGCAAGUACGCCCUGUAUGGGACCAAGAGAUUCUUCCAUGCUGGACACGUGCACGCGAAGAGCGCAAGUACCAUGACCUGUGGUGGGGCGGUAUACCUCCUUCGCUGCGGGGCCGACUUUGGCCACGCGCCUGCGGCAACAAUCUAAUGCUCUCCCACAAUCUGUUUGCAAAGGCGCUGGCGGCGGUGCAGGCAGCGCAGGCUGCCGAUCAAUUCCCUGCUUCCUUGCUGAACGCCAUCAAGGUGGAUAUGGCCUCCACACUGCCAAGCUUGCGCUUGUUUGACGAGCAGGCUGGGCCCUUGUCGCAAGAUCUCACCCACCUCUUGUUGGCGUAUGUAUAUGUGAGGGCUGAUGAGGCAUCGCAACGUGAACAACAAUCCACGCUGGAUUUGGCAUCCUUGCACGACCUUUAUGACCUCUACGUACCAGGCACGGCGCCCAUCGCGGCCAUGCUGCUUAUGAACGUAUCUCCCCCUCAUGCCCUAAUUGUCCUCAUGAAUUUGAUUGCGAGCAAGAGCUGGCUCAAAACCUUGCAUCGACUCGAAAGACGUCAGUCGGUGGAUUCACACAGCCGAGACGCUAUACAGGAGCAGCUGCAGGGGUACGAACGUGUGUUUAGCUCGCUCUUGGCCGAACGUAUGCCUGAUAUUUAUGCCAACCUGCACAAGAUGGGUAUCCGACCACAGGAUUAUGUACGGCCAUGGAUUCAGACCAUGUUUGCCCCAUGGCUUGAAAUUGAUACCGUAUCACGACUGUGGGACAUUAUUAUGUUGGAGCAAGGCGACGCGAUUCUGUUCCGCAUUGCUCUUGCGAUGGUCUCGCUCCUUGAACCUCGCCUUUAUGUACGCGAUACCGAGGAACUUCAAAGUGUUCUGCAUGGCACUAAUAAAGGUGCAAUUCGUGUAUGGCGUAGAGAUGUCUAUGGAAUCAGCGACGAUACCUCACCGCCACAAGACCAGAUUUAUGCACAGUAUCAAAUGAGUGAAAAGGCGGUUUUCGAGCAACUUCAUGCCCAAGAAGGUUGGUGGAAGGACUUAACGCUACGUCGAUUACUGGAUCGUGAAUUAAAUCAGUAG